AUGGAGGGUCAACCUGCUAAACGCAGACGUGUAUACUCACUUGAACCCAACAAAGUGGAACAAGCAGCUUUUGCUAGAAACUACAUGAACUAUUUGGUGCCAGCAUUGAUGAAGAUCAAGGAGAGAAGCUCUUCAGAGCGUAGUGGCCACUGUGAUAUUCAGAAUGUUGUCAAGUAUGAAGUGGACAUGGCAAUGGUGCACUCAGCCCAGGGUUUUGCAUGGAGCAAUGCUCUAAGUGUGAAGCUUCAAAGGGGUAGAGCCAAUGCAGAUAGUGGCAGAACCAGUUUUGGUGAAAACAAGGCUGGUGAAGGUUCAUCAAGGAUUUAUGGCCAAAAUGGUGAAAUGGUGCCAUUGGAUCAGUUCCCUUCAGACCCUAGUUUGAAGCCUAGUAAUAAGCACAAGGGCAUGCCUGAAAUAAAAAGGGGUUUGAGAGAAGAAGAUGGUGAUGGUGAAGAUGAAGACGAGGUCAUCAAUGACCAGUUGAAGAGCCUCAGAAGGUUGAUACCUGGGGGAGAAGAAAUGUGUAGUGAACUAAUGGUGACAGAACUACAAAGCUAUGUAAGCUGUUUGCAAAUGCAGAAUCAUGAUAUGAGUAAUCUUUUCUUUUCUUUUCUUUUUCCACCACCACCAUUGCUGGCCUAA